UUUUUCUUUUACUUUUUAGCAUUUGUUAUGUUAUAUCCACAUAUAAUUUCUGCAAAUAUUGACGAGGUUGUGUUGGGCAAUAGCGUAAUCGAAAACCUGGAAACCCUGCUGAAGAAAGUGGAAGAAAGACAAAAGCACUUGUACCGAAAAUAUCACAAAUGUUCAAUGUCCAUCGAUACUUAUUUCAAUUACGAGAAUCCCGAGUUGGAUCCAUAUGGUGCUGGUACAUUACUGAGUAUCGAGAAUCAUUUAAAGUUUCUAAAGCAGAUUUCUAAGGAUGGAUGCAGAAAAUCAAAUCUUAAGCCAUCGUUUAAUUACAGAAAUCCAGGAGGUGUUUAUGCAAAUCCACGUGUCCCACCGAAUCAAUUUUUCGGUCAAAUUCGAUACGAGAACGAUGUGGAACCGGAAUAGUUUGAUAUUAUAUAUAAUAUUGUGUAAGCUGCUUCUUUACAAGCUUUGGAACAUUUUAUUUUUUGGUGUGGACGAGGUAUACCAAAAAUAAACGUCAGAAAUGUUUUAAGAUUAA